GCCGACUCUGGUUCUAUCGAUCAACAGCGUGCCGAAUAUCUGGUCAAAUACUUUGCGACAGAAGUCAAGGAAAAGCAGAAAGCAAAUGAGCUUGCUGUGGCCAUCGACAAGUACGGCCCGGACUUCAAGAAGGGACCUUGUUGUAUGAUGUGAGCAGCAACCACCUACGCAGCCACUUCAUACAACAUAGCGCCUCGAUUCACUCAAGUUUGCAAUUUGUAUUUACAGAAAACACAUGCAGAGUGUCUGUGGUGGUUGUCAUGCAUAUGACCACGGAGAUGUGCGAAAGACCGUCAACGCGACCCCGCGAUUGCGUCAUCUGUACGACUUAUAUGACAUCGCUAUUAUAAAUGCUCCUUCUCUCGACAACGACAAUUUAAAUGCUAAGACGUCUUUUACGAACCACGCAAAGAUACCGAAUCACCAUCUAGUAUCGAGAAUGUCGACCAAGGCUCACCCCGAUGCGGAUCUAUUUCCGCAUGCCACUGGGCUUGCCCAGAAGACUGUUGAAGACCACCAAGCAGAACAACCUCUGAAGUUGUAUGCUGGAUGGUUCUGCCCAUUUGUCGGUCGUGCUUGGACCGUGCUGCAAGAAAAGAAUAUCCCUUACCAAUACAUUGAGGUAAACCCGUACCACAAGCCAGAGUCGCUCCUGAAGCUCAAUCCACGAGGCUUGGUUCCGACCCUUGAGUACGACAACAAACCACUGUACGAAAGCACGGUCAUUUGCGAGUUUCUAGAAGAAGCCUAUCCGGAUCACGGUCCUAAAUUACUUCCCGAGGACCCGUACGAGCGCGCCCGUACCCGCAUAUGGACUGACUAUUGCACGUCUCGACUUAUUCCUGCAUUCCAUCGUUUCUUACAGUAUCAGCCAAUGUCAGAUACAAAAGGUCUCGAGGAAGCGAGACAAGAGUUCUUGAGUCAUCUCAAAGAGUUUACGAAAGAGAUGGACUCUGAAGGACCAUACUUUUCGGGCAAGAAUAUUGGUCUUAUUGAUCUUGUUGUUGCACCAUGGGCCGUCCGUCUUUGGGUCUUCGAUCACUACAAGAAUGGCCUUAACAUUCCGGAGGGCGGCGAAGAUAGCGCAGUCUGGUCGCGCUUUAACAAGUGGCUCAAGGCGGUCGAGGAGCGUCCCUCGGUGCGUGAGACCACAAGUGAGACUGAGAAGUACUACAGUAUCUAUCAAAAGUAUGCCGACGAUGAGGCACAGAGUGAGCUAGCAAAAGCUACGCGCAAGGGUCGUGGUGUACCCUGAGCAUUGUAAUGUCUAAACCAAUUGUCUUCUUGAUCACUCUAUCAGUUCUCAAUCCUAUAAACCUAGACAAGCUGCGACCUGUAGUCGGCUGGAUUGAGCAUUUGCAAAGCUGAGCAUAAGGUGAUAGACGACCGAUAUCGCCAUGAGUAUACCGCGCCCGAGAUAAGUCCGGUGAGAAAUUAUGUUUAGUCAAU